AUGUUGUCUUUUCCAACUGGUUCUCUCCAUGCGUAUUUGCUUCUACUUCGAGAGUUGAAGCUAUUUAACGCUCCCUUCCACGAAUCAUUGUCCUACUUGAAGCAUACCAACCCACACUUAUACUACCGUUUCCUUUCUUACUUUCAGAAUACGACAAGUCUUUCCGACUUAAGAAUGCCCCUUGAGAAGCCUUUUUCCGUCUCCGUCCACGUACCCAGAGACAUUCCAAAUCUUGCUUGGUCUUUUCCAAAGAGAACACCUUCACACCUCUAUGUUGAAAUGGAACUUUUGGAGAGAAAAUUGGGUGAGGCGGUGUGGGGUAUACGACGUCUGAUUGGUGAAGAUGAGUCAGUGUUUACGUCUUUUGAUGCUCCCAAUUUGGAGCUGCAUUUUGUUGGAUCGAUUGUUGCAGUGGAGAACCAUGUCCUUCCUCAAAGUCCUGAAUUGGGGUUGGAACAGGAGAUUCUUGACAGAUACAUUAUUCGUCAGUUGGCUCAACUUAUUGACAAAUUAAGUUGUAUAUAUCUCAAUUGUGACUUCCUUAUAGAAGAUGGAGAGGAGAAAGAUGUGGAUUCAAAGGGAGAAAGCAUUGAGAAGAUGAAGGAAGGUGAGACAAGGCCGACGACAAUUGCCAUGCUCUUCGAACCUCCUCCACCACCAAUCAAGUCCGACAGUCUGCCCACCAUUUCUGUGACCCUAAUGAGAUCAAGGAGGAUAUGUGAUCUUCCUUGGUAUGACAGGGAAGUAAUGGGUUCCGAAGCUCAAUACGUUCUCUAUGAUGAUGAAGAAGCCACAAGUGGGACGAUCUGCGAAAGAAGAGGUGGAGUUGAUGUUGAAGAGGAUGAGGAUGAGGAGGAGGAGGAAGAGGGGUCAAGACGCAGAGACCUCCGAGGAACAUUCGAAAUCAAGAGGCUGAGUGAUGAAAAGCUGGAAUAUGGAAUGGAGCCUGAGAAGACGUGUUUGAGAGAAUCCACACUGCCUCACUUCAUUCUCAAUUGUUCGUGUGAGUCAGAAGAAGAAGACGAAGAAGAAGAGAAAGAAGAGGAGGAGGAGCUCACCACCAAUUCUCCACACCCUUCUAUUCUCGAUACUGAAGGUAUGAGCUCUCGACUUGUGACUAAUUCGUUGAGAAUUUUUUCUGCAUCCACCACUUCACCGUCAACCACACGUCGUCAAUGGUUCAAGGGUUUGCGGAGUCGUCUUCGGCGUGUUUUCCUGUGUUGCAAUGCAAUCGAAGAGGACUAG